GGAAAUUGCAACUCACAUGUUCAAAAAAAUAAACAGUGUGUGUAACACAAAAAAAAAUCUAUUUUAAUUAAAUUACAUCGUAAAUACUAAGUCAAUUAGCAGUUAUUCAACUUUAUUCGACAAAUAGAGCAUUGAAUUCAUUACGAUGGCAAAAUUCGUGGAGGAAUCAAAUGACGAAGACAGUUAUGAUGAAAAUAGUUCAGACGAAGAAUUACGAGAAGCCUUCAAAAAAGGGCUAAUUAAACCAGGUUUGAAUGUUCAGAUUGAGACAGAAAAGACUUUGGCCAAUAAUAUCCCAAAAAUGAAGGAAAAACUAGACGAAAUGAUAUUGGAAUUACCGUGGAUAGAGCGUUUAGACAUGACAAAUGAUUUAGCACCAAUUGCGCCUGAAUUAGCUAUUCAAAUGGAACGUCAUGAACAGAAACGAGAAAAUCAAUUUAAAGGAAAUAAGAAAAUUCCAUAUGUAGAACCAGAAAAUGAUCCAGUUCUUAAUGACUUCAAACGUGAAAUUAUAUUUUAUCGUCAAGCACAGACAGCGAUAAAAGAUGGAAUUAAAAAGCUCAUAGAACUAGGAAUUCCCACAAAAAGACCUGAUGACUAUUUUGCAGAAAUGGCAAAAACUGAUGAUCACAUGCAAAAGAUUCGUAAGCAUUUAGUAGCUAAGCAGGAAGGUAAACAGCGUUCAGAACGUGUAAGACAAUUGCGUGAACAAAAGAAGAUGGCAAAGGCAGUUCAACGUGAUGCUGAAGAGAAGAAGCAAGCAAACAAGUCAAAGAUGCUUAAAGAUCUCAAAGCUUACAGAAAGGGUAAGCUGAAGAAUUUGGAUUUCCUUGAUGAUGACAAAAAGAAGCAAAAAUCAGGUCCAAGAAAGCCUGGCAAAAAACGACAGGAACGAGACAAAAAGUUUGGAUUUGGUGGCAAGAAACGAGGAAUAAAGCAGAAUUCAAGAGAUUCAGCAGGUGAUGUCCGUGAUUUUAGUUUGAAGAAAAAUCGUGAAGGAGUUGGAGCUAAAGCAUUCAAAAAUAAGGGAAAUAAGAAUAAGAAAACCGACAAUAGCAAGAAUAAGCGGUUGGGAAAGAGUCGACGAGUAAAUAAUCGCAAAUAAGGCAAUGAAAUUUAUAUUUUUUUAUGAUACAAAAAGUUAAUUAAUAAAGACUUACUUGAAAUGCUUCAUCUGAA